CAUCUGGAUGCAGAUAACCGGAAGCAUCCCGCGAGGGAGGAAGCGUGGGGAUUGCACUAUUUGACGCUUUAUCCGAUUAUAGCAUUUAGGACAGUUACGCCCAUAAACAAACAAACAAAAAAAAUAAUAAAAAAUAAAUAAAACGCCCUUUUGUUUUAUUUUGUUCUUAUUUUUGCUGUUGGAAAGCCAGCAUCCACAGCUGCCAUGUUCCCAUCUUGCAUCUCCAAACCUGCGGACAGCGGCGGUAAGAGGAGCUCCGUGGCGAAGCUGCUGCUCGGGGUGUUCGUGGUUUACAUGCUCCACACCGCCUGGCUGCUCUACGGCUUCCUCAACACCAAACCCUGCGACCGAUCCAGGGGAGAGCACUGCGUCGCCUCCUACCUGGCAGUCAGACCCAGACUACAGCUGAGUGUCUUUACCUGCCUCCUGCCAGACAACAGUCAGCUCAACCUUGCAGUGAAAAUAGACCCGUUUGACCCUCACUCCACAUUUGAGAGGAGGGUGAACGUCUCCCUGCCAGAGGAGACUCGGGCUAAUGGCACUCUGUAUGCGGUUGUCUACGUUCACAAAGCUGGUGUUUCACCUCUGGAGGACAGCAGAGAAGUCCACUAUGCAGCUCAGCUCACCACCUACAUCACUCCUCCACACGCAGAGGGACAGAAAAACACGCAGAAGAGUCCCAGACCCGUGUCCCACUGGAGGCCUCACCUGUCCGUCACCAUGAUGUCCGAGGACUUCACCUUCAACAAGGCGGGGCUUCCCAGCGAUGUGCGUCGCUACAUGAGAGUUUCUCAGGACGGCAGACAGAUGAUCUACCUCCCCCUGCUUCUGGUUAAUGAGCUCAACUUCAGAGUCAGAGACCUCAUGGAGAUCAGUAGCAGCACGUUGCAGCUCCCUCUGACUGUGUCGUAUGAAGGAAUCUCUCUGAGAGGAUUCAGGUUUUGGGUUCAUCUGCAGGACAUGGUUUACUCGCUGCGACAGUUUGGCUUCACAGAGGAGAACAUCGACGAGAUUAAAGAAACUCUGGUGGGAUCCAACCUCUACCUGUUAGUGCUGACUGCAAUGAUCACGGCCCUACAACUCAUCUGUGAGUUUCUGGCUCUUAAAAAUGACAUCAGCUCGUGGAGAAAGAAGAAGAGCAUGGUGGGAAUGUCCCGGAAGUCAGUCCUGUGGCGCAGUCUGAGCACUUUGCUGAUUUUCCUGCAUCUGCUAGAGGAGACCAGUCUGCUGGUGCUGCUUCCAGUCGGACUGGGCGCAUGUGUCGAGGUGUGGAAGGUGUUCAAAGUGUUUAAGAUCCAGCUGCAGUGUAAAAGCAACAAGCUUCAUGUGAAUAAGCUGGAUGAAGAGGAGAGGAAGACGGUGGAGUAUGACACACAGGCGUCCAGAUACUUGUCCUACUUGGUGUAUCCUCUGUGUAUCAGCGGGGCCGUUUUCUCUCUGGCCUACUUACGCCAAAAGAGUUACUAUUCCUGGUUGAUCAACACCCUGGUGACUGGGGUAUAUGCCUUCGGCUUCCUGUCUAUGGCCCCUCAACUCUUCAUCAACCACAAGCUGAAGUCUGUGAGCCACCUGCAGGGGACAGUGUUGAUGUACAGAGGAGUGAACACACUGAUCUCAGAUCUGUGCUCCUGUGCCUCCUUUUUCUCCUCUACGGGAUCCUUCUCCUCUUCUCAUCAGCUCUCCUGCUUCAGAGAUGAGCUCCUCUUCUUCCUCUACCUUUACCAGAGAAGACGUUACGCCUCCAAACCCAGAAGACGAGAGCCUGUCACCCACACCAAGAAAGUGAAGACUCAGUGAAUUCUCGUCCAGACACAACAAAAAAAAAAGAAGGAAAAAAAAGGGAAGAACAGACGGGAAACAAUCAACCUGGAGGAUGUGAGAGACAGAGACUCAGGCAGGACGUCUGUCCGUGUGAAAGACACAUCAGCUAAUGGCUGAUCUUGAGACAGGCUGCUCUGCUUCAGACUCUGGAGGACUGACGUGUGCUCGUGGUGCUGCUGCUUCUCGCUUGGCGUCGGUGAGGCUUCCCCCCUUUACUGCUGCAGUGAGCGCACUCAUCUAGAGACAUCUCUGCCGAACGUUUUAUGCUGGGUUACGUCCUGUCGAGUCUAUUAGCAGCGUCGCGUCACCACUUACGACAUGAAUUUAUUUGUCAGACUGGGCCCAUAAAGGAGAUUUACAACAUCCUGUGGGUGAUCUAAUCCAUAGCUCAAUCACAUUUAGGCAAAUUCUGACUUUAAAUUACUUUUAUUCACCUGAAAUGACACAGCCUCCUUCCAAAAUAUAAUAACGACAUAAAAGACUCAUCAUUAUUUCUCAGCUUUUAUUGACAUGUGAACAAAAAGUGGCGUAUCUAAAAUGAUUAAGUCACAGUUUAUGUGAAAAUCCAAAGUUCUACAUCAUCCCUAAUAGUCCAAGCCGAUAUAAAGCAUCGUAAUUGUCCUGAUUCACUGGGAACAACCGUUUGAAUCAACUCAACAGGUGAAAAACAGCAGCUCUCUGCAGUUGACUGUGUGUAUAUAUAUAUAUAUAAAAAUACUGCUGACACGUUCUAUCAAACAGCAAUCAUUUCCUUUUUCAAACAAUUUCCCCAAAAGCAGAUGAACAGAUUUCCUCUCUGAGGAAAAAACAGAAUGUAAAAUAAUAUCUGAGCAUCGCUUUGGGUGGCACAGAAAACCACGAGUCAGCAGUGAGAAGGUCGGACCUGCAACAUGAAGCACUUUUUUUUUUCUCUCUCUCAUCAUCCAGAUUAGGAAACAAAAUAAAUUUCUGACGCUUGCACGUCACAGGCCUGGAGCCACGUGUGAAGGUGCCAGGGUCUGAUCAGGCUGCAGGUGACGUCCUGACACAUCCGAGGAUGCUCAGUCACUGCCUGAUGGGUAUUUAAUGUCCAUCCUGUCACGAGUCUUCCUCUGUGUCUGCAGUCAUGUGUUACAUGCUGAGUUAUGUUCUGUUUUGAAGUGUGCAACAAAACGGUUUUUAAAAGGCUGAUUUUACAGUGUGCAAAGGGAAACGGUGCUCGCAUAGAAAUGAAUUCACUUUUAAAUACUUUAAACGUACGGUUCUGCUGUUAAGUUGUAAAAACAUGUCUGCUCCUGCAGAUUGCAUCACCUAGCAACAUAGACACAUGCUUGUUUAUUGUUUUUAUGUUGUAUAUGUAAAGGUAAUGAAAGACGGAUAAAAAAAAAAAUGCAACUGGC